AUGCAACGUUCAGUUUCUUCAUCCAAAAAUGUCUACCGCAACCUCAUCCGUCAAUACCAUAAAAUACCAACCAAUGCCGCCAUUUUAACACGACGACAAGAACGACACCCAUGUGACGUGUUCAUUAACCACCGUGGGAUCGAUACAAAGAAGAAUAUUUCCGGGCUUUUAUAUAAUCAUCUAAUGAGUUUAAGAUUAAGGCCAUUUUUAGAUAGCAAAAACAUGAAACCUGGAGAUAAAUUGUUUGAUAAAAUUGACACUGCAAUUAGUGGAUGUAAAGUUGGGGUUGCCGUUUUUUCACCCCGGUAUUGUCAGUCUUAUUUUUGCUUGCAUGAAUUAGCCCGUAUUAUGGAGGCUAAAAAGAGGGUUAUACCGGUUUUUUGUGACGUUAAACCAUCUGAACUUCAUGCUAAAGACCUUUGGAGGUGCACACCACAUGAACUAGAUCGGUUUCAAUCCGCUCUAGAGGAGGCUAAGUAUACAGUUGGGCUAUCCUUCAAUUCAUCAAACGGGAACUGGCCAGAAUUUUUGACAACAGCGACCGAAGCGAUCAUCCAAAACUUGAUAGAGGUUGAAGAAGAGGAAGAGAUCAAAGAGAAAGGGCUACAAAAAUUAAUCAGCUCUUAA